GCCUCUCCCCGCGCCAGGCAUGGCCCCCAGCACCGUGGCCGUGGAGCUGCUCAGCCCCAAAGAGAAAAACCGACUGCGGAAGCCGGUGGUGGAGAAGAUGCGCCGCGACCGCAUCAACAGCAGCAUCGAGCAGCUGAAGCUGCUGCUAGAGCAGGAGUUCGCGCGCCACCAGCCCAACUCCAAGCUGGAGAAGGCCGACAUCCUGGAGAUGGCCGUCAGCUACCUGAAACACAGCAAAGGUGAGCCGCCCGGCGCCCUGGAGCCCCGGCCCGCGCGACCCCCGCCCCGCCCCGCUCCCCGCCGCCCCGCGCCCCGGGCUCCCCGGCCCCGCUCACCGCCGCCCCGACUCCCCGCAGCCUUCGCCGCCGCCCCCGGCGGCCCCAAGAGCCUGCACCAGGACUACAGCGAGGGCUACUCGUGGUGCCUGCAGGAGGCCGUGCAGUUCCUGACGCUGCACGCGGCCAGCGACACGCAGAUGAAGCUGCUCUACCACUUCCAGCGCCCGCCGGCCGCGCCGGCCGCGCCCGCCAAGGAGCCCAAGGCGCCUGGCUCCGCGCCCGCGCCCGCCCCGGCCAAGGCCGCCGCCGCCGCUUCUGCGCGCCAGCCCGCCUGCGGCCUCUGGCGGCCGUGGUGACCCGCGGGCGGCAGCCCUGCCCGGAGGACCGGAGGGCCAGCGCGUUCCUCUGGCAGAGGGAAGGGCCUCCCCAUCGUCCGUGCCGCCCCUGGCUUGGACUGGCCCCUUCUCCGGAAGGCUCUGUCUCCAGGCUGGCGGGCCAGCAGGAGGGUCAUUCUCAGAGAAUGUGCGUGCAGUGUCCUUGUCAUUUAGGGCCCAUCUUCUGCCAAAUGUCUGACCCCAUGGGGUUGCUCUGUGUUUGCAUUUCAGCAAGUGACUUCUGGGAAGUCCCCACUGCCGGGGUUCUAUGAUAUUUGUAGGCGGCGGGGCUCGGCCAGCCGGCGCCCCAUGCGUAGAGGGCUUUCUUCAGAUCCGGUGCUGCCAGGCCAGUGGGCCUGGCGCAGGCCGUGCCGUGGGCACAUUUGCCUUUUGUGAAGGCGGAACUCAAGGUGUAUCCUCGUAGGAACGACAGUGUCAGCCUGGAUGGGCGUGGAAGGACAGGGCAGAGCCGUGGGCGCAAAGCCCCUGGGGAUGCUUUGCUGUCUGCUCGGGGCUCACACCGGGGCUGUGUGGGGCGGCUGGGGGUCUCCACCACGAUCCUUAAAGGAUUCCCGUGUGGGUGGGUGCGCGUGGGCACAACUCUGUACUCAGAAUUUGAACUCUCAGUCACGUGGGAGCCACGGGACUGCUCUAAAGACUUCUAAUAAAAUCCGACGA